ACGAUAUAGCGUCUCAAGCUGAUAACCUAAACUUUAUCGAUCUCUCAUGCCAUAUUGAUCUCUCGCUCGAUUUCAAGCUGUCGAUCUCAGCAAAUCGUCUCUCCAAAAGCAUUCGGAUCCAAUUGGAAGAUUAUAGGUGGUCUUUUGGUUUGAAACAGAAGCCAUAGUGGGAGCAGCAGGCCUGUUAAACUCCUUGGAUUAGAGGUGGUCUCUUAUUCCUCCAAAAGAAGAUUAUUGUUUUGGUCUUGGAUUAGUUGAUCAUUUGCCUGAAACUGUAGAAAUUUGAACUAAAAACAUAGAACAAGAUUGAUUUUUUCGGACAGCUUUUGAGCUCUGAAUUAAAUUAUAAACACAAUGGGUUUCUUUAUGCCAUUACUGAUGCAUAGAUUCUUUAUUGAGAUUCUUUAUGCCAUUAUUGAUUUUAGAUAUAUUUUUGUGUUGAUGUAUAGAUUCUUGAGAUAAACUCAACUUUCACCUUUAUUCUUGGCAAGUGUUCUUCUCUCUUACACUUGCAAAUUCAAGUGUUCUUUGACAACUGCUUCAGAUCUCAGUUCAGAAUCAGAGGUAAAUCGUAAAUCAUUUUAUAAGUUCAAAUAUUUUUUAACCAAAAGAAGUUGGCGAAGGAUAUUGUUUAUUAUCGUGUUCGGAUCAUUUUCUACUUCAAUUGGCCAUGCAUUUUUAUUGUUUGGUAAAUAAAAAAAAUGUGAUUCAGCUUCUGUAAAUUGUUUGGUAAAUAAAAAAAUACCGGUUGAUCUUCAGUUUGGAUGUGAUUUUCCAUUUUCCAUACACAGUUCAUUGAAAAGAUUAAUGUUUUUAACUUUUUUUAGAACUUAGAAGGUAAUAUUGUAUGAUUAUUUUGUAAAUUGUUUGGUAAAUGGAAAAUCACCAACACUGAUCUUUGUUUCCACUCCGGUUGUUGGUCACUCACCUAGCCAAAUGUCUCUGGUUUCUGACUUUUUUUACUGGAACCAUUUUUCUAUUUCUUCUUGUUGAACUCAAUGGUCUUUUGGAGCCAGGACUUUGGUGCUAGAUGUUUGCCCAAAUGCAUAAAAAAGUUGUGGUUCCUUGGCAUAAAAGGGGCUCAUGGCUGAAUAGAAAAAGGUUAAGGUGAGUGCUUUGGGUACAUAAACCAAAUCACCAUGAUGUACACUAUAGCACUAGGAACAUUGAUUGACUUAACCACAAGGGUUGUGGCAUAGUGGUUGAGGCACAAGGGGACGUGGUGGAAUAUCUUAUCUGCCUUGGGUUCAAUUCCAGGCGUCCACAAACAAUUGUGGCCUCUGAGUUUAUUGGGGCUGAUGUAAUACAGUCACAGUUUGCCGGGAUUAGUCUGGACAUAGCCUGUGACACCCUUCCAAAAGAGAACGUUGAUUGACUUGCAAUACCCUGAUACCACCGUCUUUCUCACUUCCAUUCCCAUGACACCCUUUCUCUCUAUAAUCCUUCCUGUUCAUCUGAUUUAAUUCUCAUUUAACUUUCUUACUUUUUUAAAGUAAAAAACAUGUAUAUGCGGCAAAUACUCAUACACACUCCUCACCUUUGGUGAGGUUUGAACCUUGACCUCCUGGGAGGCUGGGUUCUACAGGUAACCCAGGUACCGCUGGGCCAAUGACCCUUUGGAACUUUCUUACUUAUUAGUCAUGGUGGAGGGUGUGACCAACUGGUUCUUUUUUGACAAGAGAAAUACGACAUUUGAUAGAUUGGUUUCUUCAAAUCUGGUCCUUAUUGAGCCGCACCCACUUGUAGCAAUAUCCCAAUUGAUUGGAAGUCUCAUAUCCUAUGAAACAAGUUUGAGCCGAACUGGAGGUUACAAUCUUCCACCAUGCCACAUAGUCAACUUAUGUGGUUUCCACAUCUUAUUUGAUUGCCCUCUUGACUUAUCUGCUCUAACAAUCUUCUCCCCAAUAUCAACUAGUUUAUAUGAAAAGCUUUAUGAAGAGACAUCUGCUGGUCCAUCUUUCACUUCUUUGGAUACACCACUUGUGGGUCCUAUGCAAGAAACCAAGAAGCUUCUUGAUAGGACCAAUUUAAUACCUGCAGAACCUUACUAUAAAACUGUUGAGAGUCUGCACCUUUGGAAUGUUUCUCUGAUUGAUGUUGUAUUGAUAUCAAGUCCAAUGGGGAUGUUGGGGUUGCCAUUUCUUACUCGCACUGAAGGUUUUUCUGCCAAGAUAUAUGCAACUGAGGCAACGGCAAGGCUGAGUCAGUUUAUGAUGGAGGAUCUUAUUGCAAUGCAUAUGGAGUUUAAGCAAUUUUAUGGACCUGAGGAGACUAGUUUCCUUCAAUUGUUCAAGUGGGAAGAGCUUGAAGCUCUUCCACCUGCACUGAAAGAGAUAGUUCUUGGUAAAGAUGGGACGGAGCUUGGUAGUUGGAUGCCGUUAUACAGUGCAGCUGAUGUGAGGGACUGUUUGCGGAAAGUUCAGACUCUUAAAUAUGCAGAAGAAGCUUGCUAUAAUGGCACUUUGAUCAUAAAGGCUUUUAGCUCUGGUUUAGAAAUAGGUUCAUGCAAUUGGACUCUUAAAGGUCCAAAAAGGAAUAUUUCAUAUAUUUCAAGCUCAGUAUUUUCAUCUGGAGUUGCAAUGGAUUUUAAUUUCCAUGCUCUCCGAGGAAGUGAUGUACUUGUAUAUUCUGAUUUCGCUUCAUGGAAUGGGGUCCAUGGUGUUGGAGAUGAGAAUAAUUGCUCCUCUAUGGUUACCGACGAUUGCUCAACUAAGAGUGGUAAUGAAUAUACUUGGGAAUUGAGUGCUGAUUCCUUGCUGAAUUUUGAUGAGAGCUCUGAAGAAAUGGAUAAACUGAACUUCAUAUGCUCAUGUUCUAUGGAUUCUGUUAAAGCUGGUGGUUCUGUUCUAAUUCCCAUUGGAAGGCUUGCCAUUAUUUUGCAGCUUUUAGAGUUGUUUGCGUUGCAUAUUGACUCAUCCGAUGUGAAGGUUCCAAUAUUUAUCAUUUCUACUGUGGCAGAGGAAUUGCUGGCAUACACUAGUAUUUUACCAGAAUGGUUAUGCAAGCAUCGACAAGAGAAGCUGUACUCUGGCAAGCCGGUUUUUGCUCAUGAAGAACUCAUAAAGGAGAAAAAGAUCCACAUAUUUCCAACAGUUCACUCACAUGAAUUACUAAUGAUGUGGCAGGAGCCAUGCAUAGUAGUUUGUCCUCACUGGAGCUUGAGGCUUGGACCUGUUGUUCAUUUACUCCAACGCUGGCAUGGGGAUCCAAACUCACUGCUAGUUCUGGAGGAAGGAGUUGACACUGAUCUUGCACUCUUGCCGUUCAAGCCUGUAGCAAUGAAGGUUUUGGAGUGCUCGUUUCUUUCGGGUUUAAAGUUGGAGAAAGUUCCACCAUUGCUGAAACUGCUACAGCCGAAAUUGAUUUUGCUCCCGGAUCACACAAAACCAUGCUUUGCUCCUUUGACCGAAUCAUUGCCGUGUCUAUUUUACCCUGAAAAUGAAACACUUCGCCUGCCAAAUUCACACAAUCUCGCAGAGCUACACAUUGCAACAGACUUGGCUUCACAGCUCACUUGGUCAAAGAUGAAAAACGAUGAAUUGACCAUCUCGAGAUUAACCGGUGAGCUAUUUGUGGAUAAAGGAAAACACUAUUUACUUGCAAAAAAACCGGCAAAUCCGCUAGAGAUCAGGCCUUUGGUGCAUUGGGGUAAGCUUGAUUUAGAAAGUCUAUUGUUGGCAUUAGAGAAAUCUGGGGUCAAAGGGUCAAUAGAAAAAGUGAGUGGUGAUGAUGGAUAUGGAUCAAAUGUGUUGAAUGUAUUUGAGCCUGGGAAGGCUUUGAUACAAGUGAAAGAAACCAGUACUGUUAUUAGUACUGGUGAUAAGAGCUUAGCCUCCCUUAUUUCUGAUGCAGUUCACAGCCUUCUGGAUGGUAUUUAAGGUGCUUACUUACAACCAGGUUCUCAUGGAAACAACUGUUCUGCUCUUUAAGAUAGAAGUCAGGUUUGUGUACAUUUUAUGACCCAGAUCCAGUCUCUUGAAUGAUAAAUCAUAGUUUUUUUUUGUUAGAGAUAAUGAGUCGAUGAAACUUACCGAAUAGUUGUAAACGAAAUGAAGGUAAAGAAAGCGAUUAU